AUUUAUUUUUCUUUCUACCAACAGCAUACGCUGAGAAGAGUUUGGAGGCAGGAGGAAAUGCAGCAAGCUUGCCAAACAACAUGGUAUGAGUUUCCCUGGUGAUCUUUUGAUCUCUUAUUUUCUUCCCCUGUUAUGUCUGAAACUCUGAAUAUGACAAGAUCAGGCUCAUGUUUCAGUUAGAAUUAGUGAACGUCGUCAUGCACCAGAGGAAAGCAAUAGAGGAUACAAUGAGGAAGAAGAAGAAGCAGCAGCUUCACAAAUUCGAGAUGUUGCCGUCUCCCUACGACACGGCAUGGGUGGCCAUGGUGCCUCUGCCCGGAUCAUCAUCUCAGCUUCCAUGCUUCCCACAAUGCGUUGAGUGGAUACUACAGAACCAGCAGAGCAAUGGUUCUUGGGACCUCAACCAGCUGGACUCAAUCACCAAGGAUGCUCUCUUGUCCACACUGGCUUGUGUUCUUGCACUCAGGAGAGGACUGCUUUUUAUUGGAAGGAAUUUCUCCAUUGCUAUGGAUGAGCAGCUGGCUGCUCCUAUUGGAUUCAAUAUAACUUUUCCUGGUAUGCUUAGCUCUGUAAUUGAGAUGGGUUUGGAGGUUCCUAUUGGACAAACCGACGUCGAAAGAGUACUUCAUCUCCAGGAAACGGAAUUGAAAAGAGAAUAUGAGGAGAACUAUCGUGGGAGAAACACAUAUAUGGCAUAUGUGUCAGAAGGAUUAGGGAAUGCCCAAGACUGGAAUGAAGUUAUGAAUUUCCAGAGGAAGAACGGAUCAUUGUUCAACUCCCUUUCCAUAACAGCUGCGGUGUUAGUCCAUAAUUAUGAUGCUAAAGCUCACCGAUACUUAAAUUUGCUUCUGAACAAAUUUGGCACUGCAGUGUAUACGAAAAAUAUACAUCGCCAACUUUCCAUGCUUGAUGCGCUUGAAAAUAUGGGAAUAUCUCGGCAUUUUGAUGGUGAGAUCAAGAGUAUACUGGACAUGACAUACAGUUGUUGGUUACAGAGAGAUGAGGAAGUUAUGCUGGACAUCACAACAUGUGCAAUGGCAUUUCGUAUUCUUCGGAUGAAUGGAUAUGAUGUUUCUUCUGAUGACCUGUGUCAUAUCGCUGAAGUUUCUGAUUUCCAUAGUUCGCAUCAAGGAUAUUUGAGUGACACAAGAACAUUACUAGAACUAUACAAGGCUUCAGAAGUCAGUGUUGCAGAUAAUGAGUUUAUUCUAGAUAGAAUAGGCUCUUGGUCAGGUCGGUUACUGAAGGAACAGCUUAGCUCUGGUGCGUUGCAAAGAACUUCAUCAAUAUUUGAAGAGGUGGAACAUGCUCUUGACUGUCCGUUCUACGCAACAUUGGAUCGUCUAGUCCAUAAAAGGAACAUCGAACAUUUUGCCGCGAUGAGCAUAUAUCAUAUGCUCAAAACAACAUACCUGCCUUGUCAAACCGCUCAAGAUCUUGUAGCUUUGGGUGCCAGAAAUUUCAGUACUACUCAAUCUAUUUACCAGGAUGAACUUGAGCGUAUAGACAGUUGGGUGAAAGAGAACAGACUUCAUGAGCUGAAGUUUGCACGGCAGAAAUCUGCUUAUUUCUAUCUCUCUGCUGCUGGAACGGUUUUUGAUCCAGAAAUGUCUGAUGCUCGCAUUUGGUGGGCUAUAAACGGGGUGCUUACAACUGUCGUCGACGAUUUCUUUGACGUUGGAGGAUCAAGAGAAGAAUUGGAAAACCUCAUUUCACUAGUAGAGAUGUGGGAUGAGCAUCACAAAGAGGAGCUCUACUCUGAACAAGUAGAGAUUGUAUUUUUUGCCAUCUUCAAUUCAGUUAAUCAGCUUGGAGCAAAGGUUUCUGCUGUACAAGGCCGUGAUGUGACCAAACACCUAAUAGAAAUAUGGCUAGAUUUGCUUAGGUCCAUGAUGACCGAGGUAGAAUGGAGGAUCAGCAACUACGUGCCUACACCAGAGGAGUACAUGGAAAAUGCGGCCAUGACAUUUGCAUUGGGCCCAAUUGUGCUCCCAGCUUUGUAUCUUGUCGGACCAAAGAUCCCUGAAUCUGUCGUCAGAGAUUCAGAGUACAACGAGUUGUUCAGACUGAUGAGCACAUGUGGUCGUCUCCUGAAUGAUGUUCAGACAUACGAGAGGGAGGAUGGCGAGGGCAAGGUGAACAGUGUGUCGCUGCUUGUCAUUCAGAGCGGCGGUUCAGUGUCCAUCGAAGAGGCUAGAAGAGAGAUCAUGAAGCCGAUCGAGAGAUGCAGGAGAGAGCUGCUGGGGCUGGUGCUCAGGAGAGGCAGCGCCGUCCCCGGGCCGUGCAAGGAGCUGUUCUGGAAGAUGUGCAAGGUCUGCUAUUUCUUCUACUCCCGUGGCGACGGCUUCAGCUCGCCGACGGCGAAGUCCGCCGCCGUGGACGCGGUGAUCCGCGACCCACUCGAUCUCGCCGCCGUCGUCGCAAGCCAAGAACCCAUAUAUAUCAUUCCUGCUUCGUGACUCGUGAGGAAAUUGAACUAGAGAUGUGAUCGUGGAUGAAGAAACUGUGAACGUGUUGGAGAUUGAACACGGGACCUUAGGGUUGAAACCACGUACCCCUUUCUACUGCACUAUCAAGUGCAUCUCCUGCUCUUUCUUUUAUGAGAUAACGGAAAUAUUUUAAGUCUCCGUACGCAUGUAGUCAUUAGUUAGUUAAUUCUGUUUGGACGCCUAGUGCCCGCAGCGUGAGGAUAAGCUCGCAGCGUGCGGAUCGUGGGGAUGGAAGCGGAUCAAACCGCG